AUGCCAGUCCCCUCCACGUUAUCAGGUCCCGGAGUAGAGGUAUUCACCAGGGCAAGCGAACUACCAAGCGAGGUUUGGGAUACCCUCGAAGCCCACGCUGUCAACGCAAACGUCAUCCUCCCUGCUCUCCUAACGUCCCUCGCAGCUGAGAGAAAGGGAGUUGUAAUUCCAAACCAAAGGUGGCUUGUGUUCUACGAACAGGACAACCCCGCUUUGACUGUGGAGUUUGUCUUGUCGUGCACCAACAACGGGCGUAUGGGCACCUACCCUAUAUUCAUCUUCACUACCCACAAAUAUUCCGCCCUUAAUGCAACAUACCUUAUCCCUCGCCUCCAGUUUCUCGCGGAAGUCUUGCACGAGGUCGUGCCCGUGGAGCGGGUGUACUCCGUGUUUGCGCCCGAAAUUAUAGCACAUCUCUUCAUCGACAUUUGGACGAACCUCACGGGUGUCGAGCUUCAUGCGCCAGACCCGUACUACUACGCGGCCAAGAUCAGCUUUUGCAGCCGGCGUACGCUUUCUCGCCGCCAGGCAACACAGAACGCAGCCUAUUCCAUGCGCCCUGCGAGAAUGGAAGAUAUCGAGCAAGUAGGAGAUCUUUGUUUCGAGUUUGGACUGACCUCUCCACCCUUCAUCUUGACAAGAGAUAGAGCGUUCGAAGAGGCUGCUUACCUGAUUAAACAAAACCUCAUCUGGGUCCAUGAAGUUACUCAGGGCAACAAACGCGGAAUCGCCUGCAUCGCCGCCUUUACCAGGAACAGCGCAACGGUGGCCACGAUCACCAAGGUGUUCACGUCUGAGAAAUAUCGUCGAAUGGGUUGCGCUGAACGCCUGGUGCGACGCGUCUGCGAUCAACUCUUGAAGGAAAAAGAGUGGGUGGUGCUUUUCGUUGGUCAUGACAACCCAGCUGCAAAAGUUUAUGCUCGUGUUGGAUUCGCCGGCCUCGGCGAAAAUGAUGGACCCGUUGACGGGGUUGACCCAUGGUUAGAAAUUGGUUUAGACCAGGACGCUGUCCAGAGGGGUCACUGGUAA